AUGGGCAGCAUGCACAUAGAAACCCCAGGAACUUUGGCUGAUGGAAGCAAAGACUUCGAUGAAGAUGGACGAGCUAGAAGAACAGGGACAUGGGUGACUGCAAGUGCUCACAUCAUAACGGCAGUGAUUGGCUCUGGAGUUCUAUCUCUUGCAUGGGCAAUUGCACAGAUGGGUUGGGUGGCUGGUCCUGCAGUGCUCUUUGCCUUCUCUUUUAUCACAUACUUCACUUCCACUCUUCUUGCUGAUUGCUACCGUUCACCAGACCCUGUUCAUGGCAAACGAAACUACACAUAUUCUGAGGUUGUCAAAGCUAACUUAGGAGGUAGAAAAUUUCAGCUAUGUGGAUUGGCUCAGUAUAUAAAUCUUGUUGGUGUAACCAUCGGCUACACUAUAACUGCAUCAAUCAGUAUGGUGGCGGUGAAGAGAUCGAACUGUUUUCACAAACAUGGACAUGGAGAGAAGUGCUACAUAAAUAACUACCCUUUCAUGAUCGUGUUUGCAUGCAUCCAAAUUGUUCUUAGCCAAAUACCAAACUUCCAUAAGCUCUCUUGGCUCUCUAUUGUUGCAGCAGUUAUGUCUUUCGCUUAUUCUUCCAUUGGCCUUGGCCUCUCCCUAGCCAAAGUCGCAGGUGGGGGACACGUGCAAACAUCCCUAACAGGGGUGCAAGUUGGGGUGGACGUUUCGGGAAUAGAGAAGGUUUGGAGGAUGUUUCAAGCGAUCGGUGACAUUGCUUUCGCUUAUGCUUUUUCCAAUGUCCUCAUUGAGAUCCAGGACACCCUGAAAUCAAGCCCACCAGAGAACAAAAUGAUGAAGAGAGCAAGUUUAAUUGGGAUAAUGACAACAACAUUAUUCUAUGUGCUGUGUGGGUGCUUGGGCUACGCUGCAUUUGGAAAUGAUGCACCAGGAAAUUUCCUCACAGGGUUCGGUUUCUACGAGCCCUUUUGGCUCAUAGACUUUGCCAAUAUCUGCAUCGCAGUGCAUUUAGUUGGGGCAUACCAGGUGUUUGUGCAACCUAUAUUUGGGUUUGUGGAGAAAUGGAGCAAAGAAAAAUGGCCAGAAAGCCAAUUCAUAAAUGGUGAGCAUGAUGUGACUGUUCCUCUCUGCGGAAGCAUAAACUUGAAUUUCUUCAGGAUGUUGUGGAGGACAACAUAUGUGGUUAUCACUGCUGUUCUAGCAAUGCUGUUUCCAUUCUUCAAUGACUUUCUGGGGCUCAUUGGUUCUCUCUCAUUCUGGCCAUUGACGGUUUACUUCCCUAUAGAGAUGUACAUUAAGCAAUCCAAGAUGCCAAGAUUUUCAUUCACAUGGACUUGGCUAAAGAUUCUGAGUUGGGUCUGUUUGGUCAUUUCCAUCAUCUCAGCUGUGGGUUCAAUCCAAGGUCUUGUUGUUGAUCUCAAGAAAUACAAGCCCUUCCAAGCACAGCAAUAG